AUGAGUGAUAAACUCGACAGUGAAGGCCCUGUGCCCAUGGAAGGCUGCAGCCAGGACAGCAACAGUGCCCAGGGCAGCCCUGAAGCCCUAGCCCCUCAGGAGGAAGAGGAGGAGGAGGAAGGUGGGGCUGGGGUGGCUGCAGAGUCUGUACCUCAGCCUGGGCUCUACAGCUACAUCAGGGACGACUUGUUUACCUCGGAGAUCUUCAAGUUGGAGCUGCAGAAUGUGCCUCGCCACGCCAGCUUCAGUGAUGUCCGACGCUUUCUGGGCCGCUUUGGCCUACAGCCUCAUAAGACCAAACUCUUUGGGCAACCUCCCUGCGCCUUUGUGACAUUCCGUAGCGCCGCUGAGCGGGACAAGGCCCUGCGCGUGCUGCACGGUGCCCUCUGGAAGGGCCGUCCACUCAGCGUGCGCUUGGCCCGACCCAAGGCUGAUCCCAUGGCCAGAAAGAGGCGGCGUGAGGAUGAGGGUGAGCCCACGGCCACAUGCAUCGCAGAUGUAGUGACCCCACUUUGGACCGUGCCCUAUGCUGAGCAGCUUGAGCGAAAGCGGUUGGAGUGCGAGCAGGUGCUACAGAAGCUCGCCAAGGAAAUUGGGAGCACCAACCGCGCCCUGCUGCCCUGGCUGCUCUCACAGAGGCACAAGCACAACAAGGCCUGCUGCCCGCUGGAGGGGGUUAGGCCAUCACCCCAGCAGACCGAAUAUCGUAAUAAGUGUGAGUUUCUGGUUGGCGUCGGGGUGGACGGGGAGGACAACACAGUCGGCUGUCGGCUUGGCAAGUACAAGGGCGGGACAUGUGCUGUGGCAGCCCCCUUUGACACCGUGCACAUCCCUGGGGCCACCAAGCAGGUGGUGAAGGCUUUCCAGGAGUUCAUCCGGUCCACUCCAUACUCAGCGUACAACCCAGAGACAUACUCAGGCCACUGGAAGCAGCUGACUGUGCGCACCAGCCGCCGUGGCCAAGCCAUGGCCAUUGUUUACUUCCACCCCCAGAAGCUGAGCCCUGAGGAACUGGCUGGGCUGAAGGCCUCCUUGGCACAGCACUUCAUGGCAGGGCCAGGCAAGGCCACUGGGGUGACCUGCCUCUACUUUGUAGAGGAGGGACAGCGAAAGACUCCCAGUCUGGAGGGCCUGCCCCUGGAGCACGUGGCUGGAGACCGAUGCAUCCACGAGGACCUGCUGGGGUUGACCUUCCGGAUCUCCCCUCAUGCCUUCUUUCAGGUGAACACCCCGGCAGCCGAGGUGCUCUACACAGUCAUCCAGGACUGGGCCCAGCUGGACACAGGGAGCACAGUGCUAGACGUGUGCUGCGGCACUGGCACCAUUGGCCUGGCACUGGCCCCGGUGAGCCCUCCUGCCCUGCCUGAUGGGUCAGAAUGCCAUGAGUCUGUCCUUUACUGGUUUCAGAAGGUGAAGAGAGUUGUAGGAAUUGAGCUGUGCCAGGAGGCUGUGGAAGAUGCCCGGGUGAAUGCCCAAGACAAUGAGUUGAGCAAUGUUGAGUUCCAUUGUGGGAGAGCCGAGGACCUAGUGCCCGCUCUGGUGAGCAGACUGGCCUCCCAGCAGCUCGUUGCCAUCCUGGACCCUCCUCGUGCUGGCCUGCAUUCCAAAGUGAUCCUGGCUGUCCGAAGAGCCGAGAACCUCAAACGGCUCCUGUACGUCUCUUGCAACCCCCGGGCAGCCAUGGGCAACUUUGUCGACCUCUGCAGGGCCCCAUCUAAUCGGGUGAAGGGCACUCCCUUCCGGCCUGUCAAGGCUGUGGCCGUGGACCUGUUCCCGCAGACCCCGCAUUGUGAGAUGCUCAUCCUGUUUGAGAGGGUGGAGUACCCCAAUGGCACAGGGGCCCUGGAGCCCCAGGACCCUCCAGCCCAGCCCCCACCAGGGUCCCCAGAUGAUACCCUGCAGGAAACUGGGGCUUCCACCUCUUCCUAG